AUGAAACCAGAGCUCAUGCCUUUCCUCGUCUACUUCCUCGCAACUAUGGCUCCAGUUGCCGUCCUCUAUCAAUCCUUCGAGUCUGCGAGAAAAGGCCGUCGGUUCACCACCAGUCAUUCAGCCCUCUUAUUCGGCACCCUUGGUCAGUUGGUAACAUUCGCAGCUGUGAUGCCGUUCUACUGGAUAUGCGAAAUCUUGUCGGGUCGCGCUGAGAGACAGAAGGGCGGGAAGGUCACUCAGGCGCAUGCAGAGGCGGCGGUCUUUGGACUUUUCGUGGGAUGGAUCAUCCCCACGGUGGUAAUGGUCGCCAUGCAGGAUCCAGGAAUUACAGGACUCUGGCAGUUCGCACCUAUCAUCGGCUUCAUCUCAGGCAGCGUCCAUCUCCUCUUCCGCCCUCCUACUGUGCACUCGCAGUCAGGCUUCCGUACCGUCCAAGCAGCCUAUAUCGGCGCGUUUCUCGUGGCAUCAUCCCUCCAUCUUUCCACUGUCUCCAAGUUCAAGUCGCUGGAUGACAUUCUCGCCUUCUUUCUCCCAGCAUCAUAUGCAAUAGCGCCGACCGAAGCUCUUUUGUGGCAUACCGCGAACCUCUUCCAAUGGGAUUUCGCUGUAGGAGCUGGGAGCUGUCUUCUUGGUGCUCUGUGGUUUGCUCGGAGCGUAUCGCAGUUGAUAGGGCUAGCAGCGUGGAUUAUGGUUGGCUCUGUGGCUGUUGGGCCUGGUGCAGCGUUUGCGGCCAUCGCGUUAUGGAGGGAGUCACGGCUGAGCGAGUCAUAUCAUUAUGAAGAGAGACGGAAAACAUUGUGA